AAUGUAUGACUGAAUAACGACCCUGAAUUCAACCAGUUAUCGAUGUGACCUUGAAAUUUCCGAAUCAAUUGAAUCUCAAUUUACGACCAAUCAUAUACUGCGUAGUUUCCGUCCAUAUUUUUUUUCUAUAUAAAGCUAUAUAAAUUGGCCUGGUUUGUUAUUCUAAUCAACUAAAUACUAAGACUUAAUACCGUUUAAUAAUGCCGUUAACAUCACGUUCACCUUACGACAGUAAAACACUACUUGCUAAGUAUUAUGAUUUGCCUCAACCUGAUGACAAAAUUCAAGUUAUGUACGUAUGGAUAGACGGAAGUGGAGAAAAUUUACGCUGCAAAACAAUGACUUUACAAGAAGAACCAAAAGUUCCAGAAGACUGUCCAAUAUGGAAUUUUGAUGGAAGUAGUACGGGUCAAGCUGAAGGUUCUAAUUCUGAUGUUUAUUUAAAACCGUGUGCAAUGUUCCGUGAUCCAUUUCGUGGUGGCAAAAAUAAAUUAGUCUUAUGUGAAACUUAUAAUUACGAUAAGAAACCACAUGUUUCAAAUCAUCGUUAUCUUUGUAAUCUUGUCAUGGAGAAAGCAAAAUCUCACCAACCAUGGUUCGGUAUCGAACAAGAAUAUGCUCUAUUAGACAUCGAUGGUUAUCCAUUACAAUGGCCUAAAAAUGGUUUUCCUCCACCUCAAGGACCUUAUUAUUGUUCUGUUGGAGCUGGUAAAGCACUUGGUCGUGAUAUACCAGAAGCUUUAUACAGAGCAUGCAUGUAUGCAGGAGUUAAAAUUUGUGGUAGCAAUGCAGAAGUUAUGCCAUCACAAUGGGAAUUUCAAGUUGGACCAUGUGAAGGUGUCUCAGCUGGUGAUCAUUUAUGGAUGGCUAGAUUUAUAUUACAUCGUGUAGCUGAAGACUUUGGAGUGAUUGUGUCACUAGACCCGAAACCGAUGCCUGGUAACUGGAAUGGUUCAGGAGCGCAUACAAACUAUUCAACUCAGGCUAUGAGGGAUCCAAAAUCAGGUUUACAAGCAAUAGAAGAUGCCAUUGAAAAACUAUCACAUAAACACAUGGAACACAUUCAAUGCUAUGAUCCUAAACAUGGUUUAGACAAUCAAAGACGUUUGACUGGUAAUCAUGAAACAAGUAGUAUUAAUGAUUUUUCAUCUGGUGUUGCAAAUAGAGGCAGUAGUAUACGUAUUCCAAGACAAGUUGCUGAAAAUGGUUGUGGUUAUUUGGAAGAUAGACGUCCAUCAUCCAAUUGUGAUCCAUACAUGGUCACCAGAAUGUUAGUAGAAACAACAUGUCUUUAAUUAUUAUUACCAUUAUUUAUAAAAUAAUGAAGAACUAAUACACAACAAAGAAAUCAAUUUUUUUAAAAACAUAAUGUUACUAAAUAAUAUCGAAUGUUCCCAUAUAAUCACUUCAUUUUGUUAGUGGUUACAAUAAAUUUAAAAACUGUAUUUACAUAAUUUUGAUAACCAUUGUCAUCAUUAAUUUUUCUCCAUUGUUUACGAAGUUAUCAUCGUCAUCAAAAGCAGAUGCAAGAGCGGUAGUGUCGUUAUUAUUGACUUUUCAAUGAUCGAACAAUUUUUAUUUUCUAGUAUUUUCUAUCAUACAAAUUUAUAGUUUACUUAGUGAACUAAUCAUUGUCCCAGUUACUGUUUAAUUAUUGAACCAUUCACAAUAAAGGGAUUAAGAAAUGUUGAAUAUUGAUUUGGGUUUUUUAAACAAAUAAACACAUACACCAUCUUUUCUGUUUGUCCUUUUAUAUCACUUGUCAUUUAAAUUUAUCGUUUGUGAUUUAUAUAAGAAAAAUCGUUUUAUUUUUUAUUUUAAAAAGUUAUGAAUAAAAAACAUUAAGAAACGAACCAUG